AUGACCGCGAUCCGAGCCGGGACGGGGAGCGGCCCCGAGGCUCUGGAUUCCCUGUACUUCACCGGCUUUGCAGAGACCAACAGCAGCUUUGUGAUCGCUCGCCUCGCCCGCCGUCCCGCUGGCCUGUGUGAGAUGUGGCUCUUCCUCAGGCUGGAUGGGAUAGGAGAGUUUGAACACCCACAGCACCCAAACAUGAUGGUGAGAGAUGAAUCCAAAGAGAUCUGGAGUGGAGGAGGACUCACUAUGGAAUACUUGGAGCCCCAAAUGUGCUGGAAGAUAAAUUUUGAUGGAUUACUCAGGAAAGGAUCCUACAGACAGCAGUGGAGUGAGGAGGAAGGAGAGCUUGUACCAGUUAAAUUCUCUUUGCAGUGGGAGAACUCCACAGAUGUUUUUAACUUUAAUGUUGACAGUAACCCCAGCACAUUUGCUCGUGCUUUAGCCCAGGAGCCUUGGACCAUCGAGCUCUUCCAGAGGGUCAGAAAACAAAGGGAGCAGCAUUUCCGACACGAGCAGUGGGGCCAGUCUGUUGGAGAGAUUGAAAUAGAAAAUUCUGGGAAAAUUGAACUUUCCCUCCAAGGCAUUCGGAGCCACUCCUAUGGUGUCCGGAACUGGGCUGAGAUUCGUCGUUAUGUGAUGAUUUUGGCACACUUUGAAGAUGGGACUGCAGCACAUUUAACAGUUAUCAGCAUGCCAGCUACCACAACUCACCUCACUGUAGGUUAUGUGUUUUUUCCUGAUGGGAGGAAGGCUGGCAUUGAGUGGUCCAACGCCUCCCUGGCUGAGCUGGCUGAGGAUGGGCUGAUCCAGGAGGAGUAUGGAGUCACUUUUACUGCUGGUGGCAAGAGCUUUGAUGUUUCUGCAGCUCUGGAUAAGCAGGCCUGCCCCGUGGUGUACAAUGGCCUGACAGGGAGAGGAGUUUUCCACGAGUGCAUUGCAGAUUUCAAACUCAAUGGGCUAACACCAGGCUGGGGCCUGGUUGAAUUUUAUUACAGGGACGAGCCCGCCCAGCCGGUUCCAAACCUGCAGCUUG